AUGGCGUCUCCGUCUAAUGGACUUCCCCCGAGGGCAGUCAAUUCAGGCUCAUCGCUGGACGUGACGAAACGCAACGACCUCCACAAGCAUGCCCGCGUAUUCAUAGGGCCCAUGCCGGAGAAAUUCCUCUCUGAAACAGAAGCCCUCGUGCGCCAGAAGAGAAGGCGGUGGUUCAGCCGGAGUAAAUCCAGCGACACGGACGACGUCAAUGGAUUCAUCCGCGACCACGCGUUCCGCACAUUCCUCCACCGCGAUGAGGACAGCAGCGUCGACUGGGACGAGGAGGAGGAGCGGGGGCGAGUGGAGGAGAUCCUCGACCGCUGGAAGGAGAGCGACUGGGGGAAAGUGUGGAGGCGCCGCGCGACGGAGCCCGCGACCAACCACCGCUGGGUGGGCAGCAGCUUCGAAAUUGGGAACUUUCUCGGCGUCAACCUACUCCAAGACGAGCGUCCGGCCAGCCCUGCGCCUACGGGCUCGACGCAGUCCAAGGCGCCGAAGUCCAGGCAGUUCACGGCUGCAUCCUCAACUAAGGUGGAGACGUUCGUCACGGCGCCGUCGCAGAUACGUUCCUCGUUAUCCUCUUCUCAGGCAGCGACACCUCUUGCCAGCCCUGGGCAUUUGCAGCCUACGAUCCCCGAAGGCGACGAGCUUCCGCGGCCGCUUAGCACAUCUUCCAGCACGACCCCCUUACUCACUCCUGAAGUUACCGCCAGACAGGAUGCGUCAAGCAGAGCACACACAGAGGCUCCUCGACGACCAGCACUGAAGUCGGCGAGCCGCGUGAAUGCGAUCAGUGACGGCCAGCUUGGCAAUGUACGGACCCCGGAGGGCUCGUAUUUCGCCAAUAAGAAGGGUAAGACCGUUCAUUACUGCGAGGAAGUCGACGAGGACCCUGCGUCCCCGAGAGAGGUGCUCGCUCGCACUGGGAGCUCCAUUGAUACGACUAGUGCCGGUGCUACCAAGGCUCCUUCGUCAUUUACUGAUGCGGAGUGGGGCGACGAGGUUAUGAGAGAUCGAAUGAUCGUGAGGGUGUCGUAUUCGGAGGAAGAAUCCCUCGGGCCCAACUUCGACGAGUACCAGAAUCGCAGCGGGCGUUACGACUACGAGGACAUGGGCGAAUUCCUCGUCGCCUGGCGCAAGGAUCGUUUAGAGCUGUACGAAGACUACCACCUCCCUCUCAAGGAAUGGGCGACGGGCCAUAAGCACUUCUCGUUCCUCGUGCCCUUCAACUCGCCGCGGACGAAGCUGUACCUGUACUCCUUCGUGGACAUGUCAUUCUGCCUCACGUGCCCGCCGACGCCUGUGCGCAGUGACUCGAAACGGCGGAAACUGUUUCACCGGGCAAAACGAGGUAUCAACAUCUUUAUCUUUAAAAUGAAGAGCCGCAGCAGGGCGACGGACUGGAUAUGGAACCUCUGGAGACGGCUAGGCGGCCAGUUGCCAACUCACCUGGACAUCAGUUCACCUGCGCUCGAUACUAGAGUGCGUAUCGCCAUCCCAGGGUUCGAGGAGAGUGACCCGGAGGGCAGAGGAUACGUCAUGUUCAGCCGAGAGAACAUCAUUGCUCUGUGCCGAAAGACGCUCAAGAGCGUGAAAGACUGGGAAUAUCUUGUUGAGAAGCCGUUGAGCGAGGGCAGCGCGCAUCUGGAGCUUGCCUGGCGUAUGGACACGAAGCUCGACUGGGUAUGGCGGCAUACGGAUGAUGACGAAGAGCGGAGGCCUUGGGAGGUCAUCUGCGGACUUGCUCUGAUUCAAGGCGGUAAACCUGCACACCUUGAAAUACGACUAGCAAGGCAUUAUCCGACUCAUCUUCACCUCAGAGACGGCACCCACCUGACGGAACCCCCCGCUAUCGAAGGAUACUUGGAUCGGGUCAGAGCCAAUACGCCAGGGAAGCAAGCGGUAUACCUGACGACUCAUAAUGGGUACCUCUUCGCAUUAAGUGCGAACAGCCCGCACCCGCCGUCCCCUCCUGGUUUGCCACUAGCAGACAAUAAGACAACAUUGCGUGAUUUUGAAAUCAGGAGGGGCAUGCAUCAAAUCAUGGAGGCACAGGGUAUGACGGACAUGCGAAAUAUUCUCGUCAUUCGGAGGGCGUUCCAACCUGCUGUCCGCCACACCGAGGAGCACUUCGAUGCACACGUCUUCGCUGUGGAUGAGCGUGGUUUGCAAGAGGAGGUGGAGAGGAUGGACAGUGAUGCAGACGAUGAGGGCGGAGACGAGGAACUUGGUAAGAGUGACGACAAGCCUAAACUACGCAUGAAGCGCUCGUUCGAACUCGUCUUGAAGAACGGGCACAUCUUCCGCUUCGAGGCCCACUCACGGCGCAUAGCCCUGGAAUGGAUCGACCGUCUCCGAGCACUGGUGAGGUACUGGAAGCACCGUCACCGCAUCGACGCAAGGGAAGAAAUGAAUGUGGUGCAGCUGGGAACCGGGCGCGCGAGACCAACACCUCGGAUAUUCCGGGACGGUCAUACCAUGCACACGCUCCCACCAGAUCCGGAGGCUUCGCUUCCGGACCUCAGCAACAUUUUCAACUGGUGUGUGCUGGAUAAGUGCAGACCUAUACUGAAGGGUGGUAAGCUGUACGUGAGGAAAGGUCUCAGAGGGCGGUACAAAUACGUGCAGUUGUUCCUCGUGUCAGGUCACCUAAUUCAGUAUCACAUCACCCCCAAAGCAUCUAUGUACCAUCGGCGAACGAAGCGGACGAUCAGCCUCGUGGAUGCAUACGUUUGCUCUGGCUACUUUGCAGCAAAGGUGCUACCAGAGAGUCAGUACAAUCCGGAUGCACCACCGAUACCCAGGAAAUACCCCGAUGGGCUGGAGACCGAGGACCUUGAGGAGGAUACAAUAUUCAUGGUCUGGUAUCAUCCAUACCCGGUAGGCUCUGUUGACGAAGAAAGGGGGCAGAGCAAGGCAGGCGCGAGUAAGAAGAUACCCAAGCUGUCUAAGAAGCGUAAGAUGGAGGUGUUUAGGGCGAGGAGCAGGAUGGAGCGAGAUAUCUGGUGCUGGGCGCUGAAUUGCGAGAUUGAAAAGACACUCAGGACUAAUAGGGACAGGGAGAAUAAGCUUAGGGAUGAGGGGGAGCUGGUACCGACGACGUAA